AUGAUUUAGCAAAAACAAAAAUCAGAUUUUAUUUCCUUCCAAAAUAUUUCAUACGAGAUUAUUCAUUAAAAUAAUCUAUGCUCAAAAAGUAAAGAGGUAAAAUCUCGCUGCAUUCUUCAAUCCUUAACAGGUUGCUUUAAACCAGGCUUGAAUUCUAUUUUAGGAUCCUCUGGUGCAGGAAAGACUUCACUUUUGAACAUUUUAGCUGGGAGAAUUUAAAAUUGUGAUAGCAAGGUUAGAUUGACAGGAAACUAAAAAAUAAACAAUUAAGAUUAUGGUGCUGAUGAAUUCAGUAAAUUUGCUGGGUAUGUAAUGUAAUAAGAUCUUUUGUUAUCAAAUUUAACUGUUAAAGAAUACAUUACUUUUGCUGCAGAUAUUCGUCUGUCUCACUCUAAAUCUGAAAAAAAUCUGAGAGUUUUAAAUAUUCUAAAGCAACUUAAGCUUGAACAUUGUUAAAAUACUUUGAUUGGGGAUUAAUAAUCAAAAGGAAUAUCAGGUGGUGAAAAAAAGCGAUGUUCAAUUGCAAUUGAACUUAUUGCAGAACCACAAGUUCUAUUUUUAGAUGAGCCAACAAGUGGAUUAGACUCAUUCACUGCUUAUUAAAUUAUAUGGACUCUUAAAUAGUUGGCAAUGUCUUAAAACAGAAUUAUAAUAUUCACUAUUCAUCAGCCUUCCACUGAUAUUUGGCAAUUAUUUGAUAGAGUUCUUUUGUUAGCUGAAGGUAAGCUCAUCUAUUAAGGUCCUCAAUUUAAAACUGUAGACUAUUUUAAAAAUAUUGGAUACUAAUGCCCUUUGAAUAGUAAUCCUGCUGAUUAUUUUAUGUAAUUGAUGAGUUGUUAAGACCCUAAAAUUCUUCAAGGCCUUUAAUAAAAUUAUCAAACUCUCUUAUAACCAUAAAUACUGCUAGAAAUUCAAUAAGAAAACUAAAAUUUAGAGAACCAAAGUUAGAGUUUGCCAUAGUAAAUGAUUAAAUUAUCUUUUGUUUUAGAAAUGUGGACUUUGCUGAAGAGAUAAGUCUUGAAUAUAAAAAGACAUAGAUUGAUGGUUAAAACUAGAUUAGUUCAAGUCCUUAUAAAUGGACUUAUAACUGGAGCAAUUUAUUGGUAGUUACAAAGAGAUGAUGACAGUAUGCAAGAUUCUCUUUAAAUAGCUAAAUGCUUAUAUUUAUUGGCUCUUGGUAUCUUUUACUAAAGCAUGAAUCCCUAAGUUUUAUCAUUUACCACUGAAAGAGAAGUAUUUUUAAAAGAAUAUUCCUCAAAAAUGUACUCUUUGUUUCCUUACUUUGUUUCAAAACUCAUUCCUGAGCUAUUUUCUUGUAGCCUUUUUGCCAUUUUAAUGUCUUGUAUUGUAUAUUGGAUGAUAGGAUUUGCUAAAACGGCUGAAUAAUUCUUCUUUUUUAUUUUCACAUUUAUUUUAACUACAAAUGUUGGUAAUGUGACUGGACUACUUGCAGGUUCUAUCUUCAAAUAAUCAAGCGUUUCAGUACCUUUUGCUUCAACUUUUGUUCUUCCUCUUUUUCUAUUUGGAGGAGUCUUCAAAAAUAGAAGUACAUAUCCAGAGUGGAUCGGAUGGGUUGAGUAUAUUAAUCCAUCAUUUUACGCCUUUAAUGCCUUGGCAGAGAAUGAAUUCUAAAACACUACUUUCAAAUACAAUCCUAUCUAAUUAUAUUAUCUAGACUUUGGGAAGUGGAACAGCAUAUUAAUGCUUGUUGUACUUUACUUUGCUUUUGCCUUAGUUGCUUUUCUAUGCUUAAGGAGACACUGUAAAAAAUUGUAGUGA